UGCACCGCGCACCGCGCCAUGGGGGCCGCGUCGGGCCGCCGGUGGCCGCGGCCGCCGCUGCUGCCUUUGCUGCUGCUGCUGCUGCCGCCACCGCCGCCUGUGGUCCUGGCGCUCGACCCCGCGUUGCAGCCGGGGAACUUUUCCGCCGACGAGGCCGGGGCGCAGCUCUUCGCAGAGAGGUUCAAUUCGAGCGCGGAGCAGGUGCUGUUCCACAGCACAGCCGCCAGCUGGGCGCACGACACCGACAUCAACGAAGAGAACGCGCGGCGCCAGGAAGAGGCAGCCCUGCUCAGCCAGGAGUUUUCAGAGGUCUGGGGCCAGAAGGCCAAGGCUCUGUUCGACCCAAUCUGGCAGAACUUCACCGACCCCACGCUGCGACGCAUCAUCAGUGCCGUGCGCACCCUGGGCCCUGCCAACCUGCCCCUGGAGGAGCGGCAGCAGUACAACUCUCUGCUAAGCAACAUGUCCAGGAUUUACUCCACGGCCAAGGUCUGCUUCCCCAACAAGACUGCCACCUGCUGGUCCCUGGACCCAGAGCUCACCAACAUCCUGGCUGCAUCACGAAGCUACGCCCUGCUACUAUAUGCCUGGGAGGGCUGGCACAACGCCGUGGGCAUCCCGCUGAAACCCCUGUACCAGAACUUCACUGCCCUCAGCAAUGCGGCCUACAAGCAGGAUGGCUUCUCAGACACGGGGGCCUACUGGCGCUCCUGGUACGACUCCCCCACCUUCACGGAGGAUCUGGAGCACCUCUACCAUCAGUUAGAGCCCCUCUACCUGAACCUCCACGCCUACGUCCGCCGCGCACUGCACCGCCGAUACGGGGACAGAUUCAUCAACCUCAGGGGACCCAUCCCUGCUCACCUGCUGGGGGACAUGUGGGCCCAGAGCUGGGACAAAAUCUACGACAUGGUGGUGCCUUUCUCUGACAAGCCCAAUCUUGAUGUUACCAGUACUAUGGUGCAGAAGGGAUGGAAUGCUACACACAUGUUCCGGGUGGCAGAGGAAUUCUUCACCUCCCUAGGGCUCUUGCCCAUGCCUCCUGAGUUCUGGGCAGAGUCCAUGCUGGAGAAACCAAGCGACGGGCGUGAGGUGGUGUGCCACGCCUCCGCCUGGGACUUCUACAACAGGAAAGACUUCAGGAUCAAGCAGUGCACGCAGGUCACUAUGGACCAGCUGUCCACGGUGCACCACGAGAUGGGCCACGUGCAGUACUACCUGCAGUACAAGGACCAGCACGUCUCCCUGCGCCAAGGCGCCAACCCCGGCUUCCACGAGGCCAUCGGGGACGUGCUGGCGCUCUCCGUCUCCACUCCUGCACAUCUGUACAAAAUCGGCCUGCUGGACCAUGUCACCAACGACACGGAAAGCGACAUCAAUUACUUGUUAAAGAUGGCACUGGAAAAAAUUGCCUUCCUGCCCUUUGGCUACUUGGUGGACCAGUGGCGUUGGGGGGUCUUUAGUGGGCGUACCCCCCCUUCCCUCUACAACUAUGACUGGUGGUAUCUUCGAACCAAGUAUCAAGGGAUCUGUCCUCCAGUUGUCCGAAACGAAACCCACUUUGACGCUGGAGCCAAGUUUCAUGUCCCAAAUGUGACACCAUACAUCAGGUACUUCGUGAGUUUUGUCCUGCAGUUCCAGUUCCAUCAAGCCCUGUGCGAGGAGGCGGGCCACCAGGGCCCCCUGCACCAGUGUGACAUCUACCAAUCCACGCAGGCAGGGGCCAAGCUCCGGGCAAUGCUGCAGGCAGGCUCCUCACGGCCCUGGCAGGAGGUGCUGAAGGACAUGGUCGGCUCAGAUUCCCUGGACGCUCAGCCGCUGCUCAACUACUUCCAGCCGGUCACACAGUGGCUACAAGAGCAGAACCAGCAGAGUGGCGAGGUCCUGGGCUGGCCAGAAUAUCAGUGGCGCCCACCGAUGCCCGACAAUUACCCAGAGGGCAUUGACCUGGUGUCCGACGAGGCUGAGGCCAGCAAGUUUGUGGAGGAAUGUGACCAGAGAUCCCGGGUGGUGUGGAACGAGUAUGCCGAGGCCAACUGGGACUACAGUACCAACAUCACCAAGGAGGGCAGCAAGAUACUGCUGGAGAAGAACGUACAGAUGGCAAACCACACUGUCAAGUACGGCACCUGGGCCAGGAAAUUUGAUGUGACCAACUUCCAGAACGCCACCAUGAAGCGGAUGAUAAAGAAGAUUCAGGAUCUAGAGCGGGCGGCACUGCCUGUCAAGGAGCUGGAGGAGUACAACCAGAUCCUGCUGGACAUGGAGACCACUUACAGCGUGGCCUCUGUGUGCCAUAGCAAUGGCACUUGUCUACAGCUCGAGCCUGAUCUGACAAAUCUGAUGGCCACAUCCCGGAACUAUGAAGAACUGCUGUGGGCAUGGAAGGGCUGGCGAGACAAGGUGGGGAGAUCCAUCCUCCCGUAUUUCCCCAAAUAUGUGGAGCUCACCAACAAGGCUGCCAGGCUCAAUGGCUACAAGGACGGAGGGGACUCCUGGAGAUCUAUGUACGAGAUGCCAUUCCUGGAGUACGACCUGGAGCAGCUCUUCCAGGAGCUGCAGCCGCUCUACCUGAACCUGCAUGCCUACGUGCGCCGGGCCCUGUAUCGCUUCUACGGGUCCGAGCUCAUCAACCUGGAGGGCCCCAUCCCAGCCCACCUGCUGGGGAACAUGUGGGCACAGAGCUGGUCCAACAUCUAUGACUUGGUAGUACCCUUCCCUUCAGCCCCCAGGAUGGAUGCCACAGAGGCCAUGAUAAAGCAGGGCUGGACACCCCAAAGGAUGUUUAAGGAAGCGGACAAUUUCUUCACCUCCCUGGGGCUGCUGCCCGUGUCCCCCGAGUUCUGGAACAAGUCUAUGCUGGAGAAGCCGACCGAUGGGCGGGAGGUGGUGUGCCACGCCUCCGCCUGGGACUUCUUCAACGGCAAGGAUUUCAGGAUCAAGCAGUGCACCACUGUGAACAUGGAGGACCUGGUGGUGGCCCACCACGAAAUGGGCCACAUACAGUAUUUCAUGCAGUACAAGGACUUGCCUGUGACCUUCCGGGAGGGUGCCAACCCUGGUUUUCACGAGGCCAUUGGGGAUGUGCUGGCCCUCUCAGUGUCUACCCCCAAGCACCUGCACAAGAUCAACCUGCUGAGUAGUGGGGACGGCAGCUAUGAGGAGGACAUCAACUUUCUGAUGAAGAUGGCGCUCGACAAGAUCGCCUUUAUUCCCUUCAGCUAUCUUGUGGACCAGUGGCGCUGGAGGGUAUUUGACGGAAGCAUCACCAAGGAGAACUACAACCAGGAGUGGUGGAGCCUCAGGCUGAAGUACCAGGGCCUCUGUCCCCCAGUGGCCAGGUCUCAAGGCGACUUUGACCCAGGGGCCAAGUUCCACAUUCCUUCAAGCGUGCCAUAUAUCAGGUAUUUCGUCAGCUUCGUCAUCCAGUUCCAGUUCCACGAGGCGCUGUGUCAGGCGGCGGGCCACAAGGGCCCCCUGCACGAGUGCGACAUCUACCAGUCCCAGGAGGCCGGGAAGCGCCUGGCGGACGCCAUGAAGCUGGGCUUCAGUCGGCCGUGGCCCGAAGCCAUGCGGCUCAUCACGGGCCAGCCCAACAUGUCGGCCGCUGCCAUGAUGACCUACUUCAGGCCGCUGCUGGACUGGCUCGUGACCGAGAACAGGCGGCACGGGCAGAAGCUGGGCUGGCCUCAGUACAACUGGACGCCAAACUCGGCUCGCUUGGAAGACUCUUUCCCGGGCUCCGGCCGCGUCAACUUCCUGGGCCUGAGCCUGGAGGAGGAGCAGGCCCGCGUGGGCCAGUGGGUGCUGCUCUUCCUGGGCGUCGCCCUGCUGGUGGCCACGCUGGGCCUCACCCAGCGGCUCUUCAGCAUCCGCCACCGCAGCCUCCACCAGCCCCACCCCGGGCCCCAGUUUGGCUCCGAGGUGGAGCUCAGACACUCCUGAGAUGAGGGCUGGGCGGGCCUGCCGGGGAAUGCGCCACCGCCACCGGGAGACCCAGGGACCGGGAAGGGCCCGGGGGUGGGCUGAGGACCCGCCACUGCUCUCACGGCUCACCCCAGCUCUCCUCCCCCUCCCCCUCCCCCUCCC